UGGUAUAGAGGUCAGAUAGCAGUAAGCACUUCCCAACACCCAAACACGGAGUGACACAAAUACCCACCACCACACCACCACCACCUUCAGCUGCCUGGCUUCCGGGGGAGGGACAAUUGUCUUACGGCUUUCCAUGACGCGAGUCCUCUAGCAGAGUUCAAGCUGUGGGCGAGGCGACACUUCCUGCCCCGGGGGGCUGGGGUGAGAGGAAAGAUGGGUUGCUGAGUGUGCACACCUUUGAGAGCACACACACACACCCUGCUCCGGGGCUCCCGUCUUAGGCUGCCCCCAUGGAGUUUCCCCUGGCCCAGAUAUGCCCCCAAGGGAAUCGAGAAACCCCCGCCCCAACCUUCAGCACCUUCCAGCCCAUGAACUUGACCGGCAGGAGCUGCCAGGGCCUGGGCUCACUUCCGGGGCCCAGACUCCAGGCCCUGAAGGCUGAGGAGGCCCAGCCCAGCCCCAGGGCCCUGGCUGUCCACAUUGUGGCAUCUCCGCAGGCCCUGGGGGCUGCCUCCAACCCAGAGAAUACUGGGAAGGAUGAGGAGGUGCCUAGGGAAGGAGGCCAGUCCCUGCAGGCCGAGACCCGGGCUUGGUUCCAGAAGACCCAGGCCCACUGGCUCCUACAGCAUGGGGCAGCCCCUGCCUGGUUCCACGGCUUCAUCACCCGGAGGGAGGCCGAGAAGCUGCUGCAGACCAAGCCUCUGGGAUGCUACUUGGUGCGGUUCAGCGAGAGUGCCGUGACCUUCGUGCUGACUUACAGGAGCCGGACUUGCUGUCGCCACUUCCUGCUGGCCCAGCUCGCGGACGGGCGCCACGUGGUGCUGGGCGAGGACAGCGCCCACGCGCGGCUGCAGGACCUGCUUCGGCACUACACGGCCUGCCCACUCAGCCCCUACGGGGAGACGCUCACCGAGCCCCUCGCCCGCCAGACUCCUGAGCCCGCAGGACUUUCCCUGAGGACUGAAGAAUCAGACUCUGGAAACAAAAGCCAGGACCCACACCCUCAGUAUAGCCCAAUCCUCAAAAAGGAGCAAAUAGCAGCUUCCACGCAGAAAGAGGGGGCCGCGCAGCCGAAGGAGCCCUCCCAGCCGCCAAGGCCCAAGCCUCGUGUCGCUGCCAAACCUCAGCUGCCCCCCGAAGUCUACACAAUCCCGGCUCCGCGACCCCGCCCGGCCCCGCCCCCCAAGCCCUCCAACCCCAUCUACCAGGAGCCUGAUGAGCCCAUAGACUUCUAUGCCAUGGGCCGGGGCAGCCCCGGGGAAGCCACCAGCAACAUUUACGCCGAGGUGGAAGUGGGGGUGCCGGCAGGGGAGGAGGGCCCGCCGUCUGUCCUCCAGCACCUGGUCCUACGGAAGUGCCGGUCCAAGCCUGUGCCAGGAAGCCAGAAUCUAGGUGGCCGGCAACUGCAUUCUGAGAACUCUGUGUCUGGACACGGCCCUCCCAUGCCCCACCAGCCCCUGCCCCGCUGGGGAAACACCCUCCCCAACAACCUUUCUAGACAGGUGCUUCAGGACAGAGGACAGCCGUGGCUCCCCCUGGGGCCUCCUCAGUAGCUGGUGAGUCUGAGUUGGGGAAGGAUAGCUUGGAACAUCAGGUCCAGAGACUAUCACACACACCUGGCACCCUUCUCAGGACAUGUGGAUGGAACAAAUGGGAGGUGAUCAAAGCUGGAAAGGACCUCAGUCAUCAUCUAUUGCAAAGAUGGCAAAAAUAUGUCACCUUGCAUGCCAGCUCCAAUCCAUUGGUCGUGGCUGCCUAGGGGGCUGCAUUGGAAAGGAUAUUAAGGUCAUAUCCAAACUCAGCAGAAAAGAGCACUGUGAUUGAUUAGUGAUGUCUGCCACGGGUGAGGGAGGGAGGAGGAACAGUAUGUCCUUUGUCCUUACUGAUCAAGUCCAACUACCUAGCUGUGCAGAUAAGGAAAAAAAACAGAGAGGGCUAGUGACAUGGCCAAGGUCAAGGCUUGGUGCUCUGUUCCUUACCCCACAUCCACUAACUCUUCUCCACAGGAAAUAUCAGAGAUUUCCUGAUAGGAAAUCUGGCUGCUUUCCAGAGUUCCACCACAUGGGGGCCUGGGCGCUGGUUCCUGUCCUCCGGACUCCAGCUUAGCCCUGUCCCCCUGACAGGUCCAGGCCUCCCACAAAGAAGCCUGGAGGUCAGACAAGUAAAUGUGGAGUCCACUACCUUGUAGGGACACACCUGCUGGUUCCCUCCCAAGAGUCCCCAAGAAUCCAAUGGCUCAGUGCUUGGUGACCCUCUAAGGAAGUGGGCUAGGAGGACCCUGCUGCCUCCCGCUGCCCUGGUUUCUCCUCCUGGAGUCUAAUUUCCUUGGCCCUCUGAGCCUUUGAGUCUGGGCCCUGGUCCAAUGCUGCUGUUGUCUGAGGAAUGGUUUGGCGAGAACAGAUGUUAGAACUUGUUUGUUGAUUCUUGUCUGGCUAAUAAAUCAUCGCCAACCACCUCCCCCCACAGGGAUCCAAAUCCUCCAGGCUCC